GAGGGGGGAGGGAGGGGAGGGAAGGGUGGAGGCAGAAACAGAAGGGAGAGCCCAGGGGGGGGGGGGGAUUUGCAGACCUCAAAACACCUGCACUGGGUCACUCGAUUUCGACCUGAGCAGCAUCAGAGCUCCAUUAUGACGACGACGACGACGACAGGACGGACGGACCGACAUCUUCAUCACAUCCUCAUCGUCAUCCGCUCGCGGCGGACGGAUGCGCUGCGUGCGUAAAGUUUUGGAGAGGAGCGGAACGAGGAGCAGUGUUCCGGGAUCCACCGCCGCGGACAGCCGGAGCCGAGUCCAUUUCCCUCCAGCCUCCGGACCGCCGCCACACGGUGCGCAGAACCCACCCGCCCGGCCGCGGCGUCCGCGCGCGCGCUCGUCGGAUUUAUCCGCUGCGUCGAAAGUUUGAAAGGCUUCCUCCUCCUUCUUCUUCUUCACCUUCUUCUUCUUCUUCUUCUCAUCCGACGACGAGGUGUUUUAAAACGCACGGAAUGCGCCGAUAAUAUCUGGCACGGUUUGGAUCUCCAACAUCGGAAAAAGUAAAAAAAAAAAACAAACAAAAAAACAACAAAAGCAAAAAGAUUUAGAUCUCUGUGGUCUACCUGCAUGACUGUUACCAUGACAGCAGCUGGAUCCCGGCUCCUCCUGUUGGCCUUGUGUGUUUAUUGUGGCUCGGGCCUCCAGCAGUCCGCGCCGCGGGUUCGUCUGUCCUUCAAAGAGCUGCUGGACACACGGGCAGCGCGGCCCUUCAGUUUCUCGUUCAACACCAGUGACUACCGCAUCCUGCUGAUGGAUCAGGACCAGGGCCGUCUCUACCUGGGCAGCCGGGAGUACCUGGUGGCCCUGGACAUGCACAACGUCAACAAGGAGCCACUCAUUAUCCAUUGGCCGGCGUCCGCAAAGAGAAAGGGUGAAUGUCAGAUGACUGGAAAGGGACGGCAGGGGGAAUGUGCCAACUUUGUGCGGUUGAUCGAGCCAUGGAACCGCACCCACCUCUACACCUGUGGGACGGGAGCCUACCAACCCAUCUGCACCUUCAUCAACAGAGGCUGGAGGGCGGAGGACUACCUGUUUCGGCUGGUCCCAGGGUAUGUGGAUUCAGGGAAAGGAAAAUGUUCCUAUGAUCCCAACCAGGAGAACAUAGCUGUUUUAAUCAAUGGGAACCUUUACGCUGGAGUUCACAUUGACUUCAUGAGCACGGACGCGGCUCUCUUUAGGACCAUGGGGGGACGAACAGCCAUCCGGACAGAGCAAUACGACUCCAGGUGGCUCAACGAGCCCGUGUUUGUUCAGAUCAGACAGAUCCCAGACAGCGCUGAGAGGAACGACGACAAGCUCUACUUCUUCUUCCGGGAGAAGAGUCUGGAUUCGGGUGGGGGGGCGAGCCCCAGCAUCCUCGCCCGGGUGGGAAGAGUGUGUCUGAAUGAUGAGGGCGGCCAGAAGUCACUGCUCAACCGUUGGACCACGUUUCUCAAGGCUCGCCUUAUCUGCUCCGUGAUAGGAGAAGAUGGAGUGGAGACGCCGUUCGAUGAACUGAGGGAUGUCUUCAUUCAGCCCACGCAGGACGAGAGAAACCCUAUUGUGUAUGCUCUCUUCACCACGGCGGGCUCUGUGUUCAAGGGAUCAGCAGUCUGCGUGUACUCUAUGGCCGACAUUCGCAAUGUUUUCAACGGACCCUUUGCCCAUAAACACGGCCAUAAUUACCACUGGACAGAGUACACGGGCAAAAUCCCCUUCCCUCGGCCUGGAACCUGUCCAGGAGGAACAUUUACUCCGGGCAUUCGCUCCUCCAAGGACUUCUCCGAUGAGGCUGUGAAUUUCAUCAGGGCUCAUCCACUCAUGAACCAUCCUGUUUAUCCCAUCCAUCGGCGUCCUCUAGUGGUCAGAACCGGCGUGGACUACCGCUACACAGCCAUGGUGGUGGACCAGGUGGACGCUGUGGACGGACGCUACGAGGUGCUCUUCCUGGGGACAGAUCGUGGUACUGUCCAGAAAGUUAUAGUUUUGCCCAAGGAUCCAACCAACAUGGAGGAGCUGACUCUCGAGGAAGUGGAGGUGUUCAGGAGCAGAGCGCCUGUGAAAACAAUGAAGAUAUCUUCUAAAAGACAACAGCUGUACGUGUCGUCGGACGCGGGUCUGACCCAGGUGUCACUACACCGGUGUGGUGUGUACGGCAGGGCCUGUUCAGACUGCUGUCUGGCCCGGGACCCCUACUGCGCCUGGGACGGAGAGAGCUGCUCCGCCUUCACCCCCUCCACCAAGAGGAGGAGCAGGAGACAGGACGUCAGACAUGGUGACCCACUGCGUCAGUGUAGAGGCUUCAAUGCCAAAGUUGAGAAACGUCUAACGGAGACAGUCCAGUUCGGGGUGGAGGGCAGCAGUACGUUCUUGGAGUGUCAGCCGCGCUCCCCGCAGGCCACCGUCAAGUGGCUCUUCCAGACAGACGGCAAGAGGAAAGUGCUGAACCGGGCGGGCGGCAUCCUGAAGACCAACCACGGCAUCCUUCUUAAGACCCUCAACCAGUCGGACACCGGGCUCUACCACUGCCUGGCCACCGAGAACAACUUCAAACACACCGUGGCCCGUGUGGCGCUGCGCAUCCUCGACCGAGACAUUGCGUUGGCCCUCAGCUCUCGGGACGAGGACGAGGAGCCCAAAGCCCACCCGGCGGGGGAGCUGUCAACCUCCACUCCGUUCCCGCCCGAGAUCAGACUGAUUAACCAGUACUGCCAGUCCUACUGGGAAAAGCAAAGCCCGAAACAGCAGCAGCGUCAACGACAGCAGCAGCAGCAGCAGCAGCAGCAGCAGCAGCGUAAGCGAACCAGCCGCCGGCACACGGAAAACCAGGAACAAGGACUCGGCUAGACGGACCAGGAACAAUCCAACACCAGUCUGUACAGAUGAUCCGGGGGUGUGGUGGUGGUGGUGGUGGUGGGGGGGCCCUCCAUGUUUGACACCAGAUAUAGAGUAUGUACUCCCUUCAUACCGAGGCAGGUGAAAGCACUCGUGGCCAUCUCUAAGUAUCUUGAAAUAAAAAUGUAAUAUAUUGUAAGAUAUAAUAUAUGUUCAAGAUCUGUUGGAUUUACUGUUGUAAUGUAUGAUAAUGAUAAUAAUAAUAAUUAAUAAUAAUAACAGUAAUGUAAGGACAUGAAUAAAUGAAAAAAAUAUUUUGCAUGCUUGUUUGUUUGUUUGGAAACUGUACAUCUAGAGCUGGGCAAUAUAUCGGUUUCAUAUCGAUAUCGCGAUAUGAGGCUGGACUGGUCCUGGUAAUAUGGUGAAACAACUUCGAUGUCGUCGUUCCCUGGUCUUAAAGGCCGCGUUACAGUAAAUCGAUGCAAUUUCCUGAACUCAUUCGACUUGUUUCAGUUGAGUCGUCCAAUUGAUGUCGUCACAUUGUCGAUAUCGAGAUAUUCAGUAAGAAAUAUGGCCACGUUUGAUUUUGUCAGUGUUGCCCAGCCCUAUGUACGUACGUCCUACCUUCUGUUUGUUGAUCGGUUCUCUAGCUUGAUGGAUAAUGCUGGCUGUGGAGUGUGAUGUACUCUGUCGUUGGAUGUCGUCAUAGACUGUAUAAGGAUUUGUCACAUGUCUUACUGACCUAUACGUAUGUGUUGUACCCGUUAACGUUGUGUAUAACAUAUCUGUUAGUGUAACAGUAUUCCUCCUGUUAUGCACUUUGAUGGUGGUGGUUUUAGAGGGAUCUUUGCACAGGUGUAUGACAAAAAAAAAAUAAUAUAGGAAUAUAAUUUUUUACUUUCAUUUUGUUAUGAAAACAGGGAAUGAGACAUGGCUCGGAUUUGAUAUUAAUUGUUGUUGUUUUGCCACAUGAAAUGUUGUGUCUCGGAAAGUUGCGUAAGCCAUGGGUUCUUUUUCACUGCACGACCGAUUAUCGGUAGGGUGGUGUAAACUACUAAUAGGCAGCGGUUACUUUCUUGCCCGGUGCGGGAUUCGAUACGCGGUGUACUGCGCCACAACGCGGCGUCACUGACUGCUCGGCCAGCGUGUCUUAUUAGAAGUUUACAAUGGAAAUGUCUUUCAAUCAACCACCCUCCUCAUCCUGAGUGACAGUGCCACGUGCUGUAACGUGUAUAAACCCUACACUGGAACAGUUCAAACAAAUACAUAAAGAUAUUUAAAUUCUCAA